ACUAUUUACGGAUUAGCUUCCGUUUGAUUCAGCGAAAAUGGUCUUGGAAAGUACAAUGUUAUGUGUCGACAACAGUGAUUACAUGAGAAAUGGCGAUUUUGUUCCAACCCGUCUUCAGUCACAAAUUGAUGCCGUGAACCUUGUAUGUCAUUCUAAGGCUCGAUCUAACCCAGAGAAUAAUGUCGGACUUUUAACAAUGGCGAAUUUGCAAGUUUUAGUAACACUCACUUCUGAAAUUGGUCGAAUUCAUUCUAAACUCGUGCAAGUUCAACCAUCUGGAACUAUUAGUAUUGUGAAAGCUGUUCUAACCGCUCGUCUGGCUCUUAAACAUCGUCAAGGAAAAAAUCAUAGAAUGAGAAUUGUCGUUUUCGUUGGAAGUCCUGUUCUUGAUGAUGAAAAAGAAUUAACAAAAUUAGCAAAGCGUUUGAAAAAGGAAAACGUCUCAGCAGAUAUCGUCAAUUUUGGAGAAGAAAAAGAUAAUACAGAAAAGCUUAAAGUUUUUAUUAAUACCCUAAAUGGUAAAGAUGGUACUGGAAGCCAUUUAGUCACAGUGCCAGCUGGAACAAUGCUAUCGGAUGCUUUGAUGUCAUCAGCAAUAAUUGGAGGUGAAGAUGGAUCAGGUGUUCAAAGUAUGGCAGGCUUCGAAUUCGGCAUUGAUCCAAAUGAAGAUCCUGAGCUUGCUUUGGCCCUUAGGGUGUCAAUGGAAGAGCAAAGAGCUCGGCAAGAAGCUGAGGCAAAAAAGAUACAGGCCGACAGUUCACCUGCUGAUGCAGCUGCUGUGCCUGAUGCAGACGAUCAAAUGCUACAAAAGGCCUUGGAAAUGUCAAUGGAAACUGAAGCGGCUGAGAGACCGAAAGAAGAACCAAACGUUGACGCUAUGACUGAAGAAGAACAAUUAGCUUAUGCUCAGCAAUUAUCUCUUCAACAGCCUGAGGAACCGAUGGAUGUUGGCGAAAGGAGUAACACUGAUGCCACUGAAGCAGCGGGUGAUGAUUACACCGAGGUUAUGAAUGAUCCGGAAUUUCUGCAUUCUGUUCUUGGAAAUUUACCCGGCGUAGAUCCAGAGUCUGAAGCCAUCCGUAACGCCAUGGAUAGCAUGACAAAGGACAAGAAAGAAGAUAAAGAGAAGAAGAAGUAACCAUUUUACGGACAACUUGUAAAUUAAAAAUAAAAUUCAUAUUUCUUGACUUUUUUAUCAGAAAUAUUGAGAAAUCAUUAAAUGUUUAUUAAAUUUAUUGCUUAUGAACAUUCAAUUAACAUUUAGUUAUUUAACUACGAGCGUGGAUUGACCAGUACUUGUGAUAACUUUCACCCUGUUGCAAGUACUCUUGAAAUAAAUUUCUUCAGAUCGAAGAGAGCGGUAUCCAUCUAAGAUAAAAGAUAACAAAGUUAAUACUUUCUAAAAUCAUUCAUUCAACUACCUAAAUCUGAAAUCUUUAAACCAAUAUCUGGUAGUGGAAUAAGUCCAGAACUCAUUGGUAAACCUUUACAGAGUACGUCGUGAUUAAUUUUACUGUCGUGCACUUCAAAAAUACCUUCAAAUGAGGAAAGAAUUAGAAAAUAAAAGCAUUUUUAGCAAUGAAAAUUCUUACCUGAGGUCUGCCCAGAAAGC